AUGGCCAAUGUCCACCAACUCCACGCCCACAUUAUCAAAACCGGCUUAAUCUAUGACCAAUUCAUUGUCGGAAAACUCAUCGAAGUCACUGUGUUUUCAAAAUCCGGCGACCUUGGCUAUGCCCAUCGAAUUUUAACCAAAAUCUCAGAGCCGAACACUUUUUCUUUCAACACCUUGAUCAGAGCCUAUGCUCGUGCCUCCUCCCUCGAAAGAGCAACCCAGCUCUAUACACAACUGCUAUGCACUGGUCUCCCUUUGGUCAAUAAUUAUACAUAUACAUUCCUGUUAUCGGGUUGUUCGGGCCCUUUUGGGCUUGAUUUGGGCCUCCUGAUCCAUGGUCACGUCUUUAAGUGCGGUGCUUUUGCAGAGGAUCUUUGUAUAAACAAUGCUUUGAUCGCAAUGUAUGCGGUUUUCGGAUACUUGGUUCACGCCCGAAAGGUGUUCAACAGAAUGCCUCAAAGAGAUUUGGUUUCAUGGAAUGCGCUUUUGAGUGGUUACGCGCGCAGCAGUCGGCCCAAAGAGGCGUUGAGAGCGUUCAGAGAGAUGCAAAGAGAGAGAGAGAUGCCAAACAGGGUUACUGUGACGACGAUGCUCUCUGUAUGCGCUCAACUGGGAGCGCUAGAAUUGGGGAAGUGGUUGCAUGUGUAUGUCAAUAGAGAGAGAAUUCCAGUGGAUUUGCCCCUAAAUAAUGCAUUGGUAGACAUGUAUGCGAAGUGCGGAUGCCUUGAGGGUGUGGAGCUUGUGUUCAUAGAGAUGGCGCAUAGAGGCCAGGCUCCUGAUGUCUACACAUGGAGCUCGGCCCUAUGGGGGCUGGCGUCUCUAGGGCGUGGAGCCGAGGCUCUAAGCAUGUUUAGAGAGAUGAGAAUGAAAGGAGUGACACCGAACGAGGCUACAUUACUCGCCAUGCUUAGUGCUUGUAGCCACUCCGGGCUUGUGAGAGAGGGCCAACGCCUCUUUUAUGCAAUGAAGGAAGAGUAUGGGAUCGAGCCCUCGACCGAGCACUACGGUUGCAUGGUUGACAUGCUUGGAAGAGCUGGGUUUCUCUCUCUAGCCAUGGAUGUGAUCAAGAGCAUGCCAAUUGAGCCUACAGCUCAAGUAUGGGGGGCUCUUCUAGGUGCUUGUGGCAAACACAAGAACAUAGAACUAGGGGAGUUAGCAAUGGGUAACUUGAAGAAAUUGGAGCCUUUGAAUGGUGGGUAUUAUGUGAUUCUGUCAAAUGUUUAUGCUUCUCAUGGGAUGUGGGAUAAGGUGGAAAAUUUGAGGAGAGAGAUGAGGAAAUUAGGGAUUAGAAAGACACCUGGGUGUAGCUCAAUUGAGGUGAAUGGAUUUGUACAUGAGUUUGCUUGUGAGGAGUAUGUGCAUUCAAAGAAAGAGAGAGAUUCAUGA